CCGGCUGAGUCAAGGAAGUUGCCACAUGACAGCAUGCAUGGCAUGAUGAAUGUGGCAAUCGCAGCUGUCAUAAACAGAUAAACAAUGUUAUAAACUGAAACCACGUCCCAUUGUUCUUCCGAACAAAUGACGACAGAGUGGCAGUGAAGUGACUGGAAAAGCCCGACCCUACCUAGUCUGAUUUGGUCUUCGGUACACGGCUUCAAGCAAACUGGAAACGUACCAUUAACGCAACGAUUUCGUAGACCGACUUGAGUUGACUUUCCCAACGCCUGUCCACAUCCGUCCACACACGUCGUGUACGUGCGCACCACGAUCAAGGCAACUCUAGCAACUCUUGACUAGUUCUUGGUGUCUGUGAUUGAGACUAGGAGCAAGAAGGUUCAAGACAUCUAUCACCAUGGGUUGGACUACGUAUCAAUUCUUUUUGGCUGGGAUGAUGUUGGUCACUGGCUCGAUCAACACACUCAGUACCAAGUGGGCUGAUAUACAGUGCGCUGAGGGAGACCCCAAGUAUAGCGAUUACGUUGAUCCCCGAUGUAAAACAGGGCAUAUGUUCUAUCAUCCAUUCUUUCAAGCAGCCUGUAUGUUUCUGGGUGAGCUGUCGUGUCUGUUACUGUUCAAGAUAGUGUUCUUCUACAACAAGUACAAGAAGACAGACAAAGAUUUCGGCCCGCAGACGUUCAGUCCCUUUCUAUUGCUUCCUCCUGCGAUGUGCGACAUGUGCGCUACAUCUCUCAUGUACAUUGGUCUUGCGUUGACAUAUGCCUCCAGUUUCCAAAUGCUGCGUGGGGCUGUGGUCAUCUUCACUGGUCUACUCUCCGUUGCGUUUCUCAAACGUAAACUGGUCUUCCACCAUUGGCUGGGCAUGUUUUCCAUUCUGGUGGGGCUCGUAUUGGUUGGCACGUCAGACUUAACUGAAAUGAAGUCGGGUACCAUGGGCGCCAACAGCAUUAUUACAGGUGAUUUGUUGAUCAUCAUGGCACAGAUUAUCACAGCCACUCAGAUGGUUGUCGAGGAGGCGUUCCUGUACAAGCAUAAGAUUCCUGCCCUGCAAGCUGUGGGCUGGGAGGGUUUCUUUGGCUUCUGCGUUCUCUCCCUCCUGCUGAUUCCGUUCUAUUUCAUCGACGCCGGGCAAUUCAGUAAGCUACCGGACGACGCCCUGGACAACGCCAUCGAUGCCUUCCUGCAGAUUGCCAACAACCGCAUCAUUCUGGUGGGUACGCUGGGUACCAUCAUCUCCAUCGCGUUCUUCAACUUCUCAGGGAUCAGCGUAACGAAGCAGAUGAGCGCCACCACGCGGAUGGUCCUGGACAGUCUCCGGACCAUGGUCAUCUGGGCGGUCUCUCUCAUCGCCCACUGGGAGACCUUCCAUUGGCAGGAACUCUUGGGGUUCUCCUUCCUUAUCAUCGGCACUUUCAUCUACAACGAUGCGAUCUUUGCGCCGUUGCUACGGCGAUUCAACGUCCUGCGUCCCUUGCCGACGGAGGAUCGCGACCUACGUGAGCCCUUGAUCGCGGAGGAUGAUAUCAACUACAGCACCAAUAGUUAUGAUGAUAAAAGGGCAGAUAAGUAUGAGCCAAUUAAUUAAGUAU